GUUCACGUUCCUCUUUCUGUCUUCAUUUUUUUGGAUCAUCAAGCAUGAGCGGCGGAGGCGUUGAUAUCAUGGAUCGAUUCUGGAGUGCCCCUCCGGUGACUCGGACGAUCGUAGCAGCAAUGUUCAUCGAGUCUGCACUUGUUCAUAGCGGCCUUAUCAAUGGCCUGCGAGUUGUCUUUUAUUCGCCGUGGAUCUUCAAGUUUCCUCCUGAGUUAUGGCGGCUUCUUUCGUCGUUUCUGUUGACUGGAGGAGGCUUUUCGUUUGUGUUCGAUCUUUAUUUCAUGUUCACGUACGCAUCAGGUCUAGAACUGAACUCGCCACGAUUUGGGCAGCCUGGUGAUUUUUUCACCUAUGUCGUAUUCGUGGCCUCGGUCAUCUUGGUGAUUGGAGGCUUGGUUCUUAGUUCCCACAUCUUCACUCAAGCUCUUCUUCUCGCCUUCAUCUAUACCUUUGCGCAAGACAACCGGGGCAAGAAAGCACAUUUCAUUAUUCUGCAAAUUCCGGUUGAGCUUCUUCCUUGGGCAAUGCUCACCUUGACUCUCAUAAUGGGCGGUCCCACAGCUGCGUUGCAGCAGGGAGUGGGCGUCAUCGCUGCGCACUUGUAUGAUUUCCUCACGAGGCUGUACCCAACAUUUCAAGGUGGUCGAAAUUACAUCCAAACUCCGGCGGCGAUCAAACGCUACUUUGGGGCUGAUCGAAGUGCUUUCAGUCAUAAAACGUACGGUACCAGCUUCAGACAGGGCCAAAACGUCCCUCAGCAACAAAGCCGGGGUUGGACGAGUGGAUUUUCCAGUGGCUGGAGUGGUCGAGGCGCCGGGCGAAGGUUAGGUGGUGAUUGAGAUUCUACCAAGAUGUCAGUGUGUGACAAUAUGGACAACAGCUUUUUCAUGAUCUGAUGAACAGAGAUACCCAAUCGAGCGACUUCCCCC